GAGCUUUCAUCGUAAAUCGAAAUGACAUAGCAAAGCCUGCAAACGUUAUGAAUUCAGAUGAACAGUCAGAUGCCUUUUGGAAACCAAAAGUAAAAUAUAGCUAUCCGUGGAGAGUACGAUAUAUAAAUGACACGGUGUUUGUAUACGGCUUGUAUGCACCCUUUCAUUUCUCGCAUUGGAUGUUCAAUGGAUUGUUACCGUUAUACAGCAUAAUGCGAUCGUAUAAAGCCACUCGAGACGCAUGGCUCUUGCGUGCCCACAUGGUCGAUCACCAGCGGAAUAGAACGAUUCCUGAAGAUAUCUCGUUUCUUACCGAUGGAAAAGACAUUGUGUUUGAUAGCGAUGAUAUAUUGACAGAAAUGCAAGUUGUGCCGUCGUCAAUACCCAUUUGCUUUGCCAGGGCUGUCGUUGUGAAGCAAGACUAUACGGUCAAGUUUUUGAAUUUCGAUGUUGGGUGUUCUCUCCCGGCGACGGCAAAGCUUUUGGAAGACGUAGACAUUCUCAUCACGCCUCAUGGCAAUGGGCUCGGUGAUGCCAUUUUCAUGGCGCCAAAGACAACCGUGAUAAGUAUCGACACUCGGUUCUAUUCCGAAACAUGGUUUGCCUUUAUUCACACAGCAGCCGGACGGCGGUUCUACAAUUUCCAGUGCGACUCGAGUGAAUGUCAAGUAGCAGAUUUCGAGAUGGCCAAAAAGCAGUUACAAAAAGACGGCAUCGAGAUGUCGUAUCACGAGUUGAUGGAAUAUCUUGGUCCAGAGUAUCCAUAUCGGCUCAUCGACAAGUACUAUCCCGGGGAAGAUAAAUGGGGUUAUUUGAGAUACGCAAAGGAUGCAAUUAGGCGUGUAAAUGUGGAAAAGCUGGUGAAAUUUGUGAACGAAAUUGUCGAGGAAUGGCCGAUGGUGCAGAGUAAACCAUUC